AUGAAUUGUCAUAUCACUCAGAGACAAUCCUCCCUUCGGCUAUGGCGUGCCCGACCUUAUCACCGCCGCAACUCCUCCGCCACCCGGCGGCGCCUUCCUCCUCCUUCUCCACAAAAUUUCCUGUUCUUUUUCCCUCCGCUCUCCCUCCGCUCAUUCUGGUGGAGCCUCGGAGACUCCGCCACUGCUGCGGCGCCGUCUCUCUCGCCGGAGUUGAUAGCGCGGCUGUUAUACAGGACGCCGGCGCCACCGUGUUAGUCGUAGGAGGCGCUUAUGCUCUCGUCUCCACUUUCGAUGGCCUCACUCGCCGCCGCAUCAUCGAGCAGAACCUGAGCAGGAAACUAGUUCACAUAUUGUCGGGUUUGCUCUUCUUGGCGUCGUGGCCAAUCUUUAGCACAUCUAGAGGGGCGCGUUACUUCGCAUCACUCGUUCCUUCCUUGAACUUCUUAAGGCUUGUGAUAAAUGGUCUUUCCUUAACCAAAGACGAAGGGCUCAUAAAAUCCGUUAGUCGGGAGGGAAAGCCCGAGGAAUUGCUUCGCGGCCCACUUUAUUAUGUUCUUGUGUUGAUUUUAUCCGCAAUAUUGUUUUGGCGCGACUCCCCCGUCGGAAUGAUUUCACUCGCAAUGAUGUGUGCUGGUGAUGGUAUUGCCGAUAUCAUGGGACGAAGAUUUGGCGAUCUGAAAAUUCCUUACAAUCCGCAAAAGAGCUUGGUCGGGAGCAUGUCCAUGUUUCUUUUUGGCUUCUUGGUUUCCAUCGGCAUGCUCUACUAUUUUGAGAUGCUCGGGUACGUUCACCUCGAGUGGUUCAAGACGAUUGCAAGGGUUGCGAUCGUCUCGUUGGUCGCAACCAUGGUCGAGUCGCUCCCGAUCACUGGAGUCGUUGACGACAACAUCUCUGUCCCAUUGGCCACCAUGGUAUGUGCAUCGAUUCUUUUUCAUGACUAAAGCUUUUUAUUUGGGGUGUGUUUUUCCGAAACUCGGAAAAGUUUAUCUCAUAAAACAAGGCUAAAUGAUAUAUAUACCCCAAGGGUGUGCUCUUUUUUA